AUGGAGAAGAUGGAGGGUGGUUUUCCUCGACUUGCCUCAUUCGUGUGCAACUGUGAGCCUUUCUCAGAGGAAGAACUCCAAGCCAUCGAAGCCUCUCUUUCCAACCCUAACAACAAACGUCCAUAUCCAUUCAAUGCGCGCGCUUCUUCUUUCUCGCCUCAUACAGAAGAUAUAAUAAGGUUGGUCCAUUGGCUAAGGAAGAAGAGGUUCGUGAUUUUCAUGAACCAAAACUGUUGUCACUAUUUUUGUGAUGAUUGCAUUGGAAGACAUCUGGCUGCAAAAAUUCAGGAGAAUAUAUUAAUGGAUUGCUCGGCUAUGUUGAUACCUGAUGUUGAGGAAGUUGUGACUGUUUCGAAAUGUCCACAUUAUCUAAUGCUUAUGGAACUUGCUAAGAACAAAUGUUGGAGAAGAUGUCCAAAAUGCAAUUUCUACGUGGAAAAGGUUGAUGGAUGUAAACAUAUUACUUGCAGAUGUGGCAAUGAAUUUUGCUAUGCCUGUGGAUCCUCUUGGAAUGGUGGUCAGCAUAUAAAGUUGCACGAGCACUUGUGCAAUGCUAUAUGGUAUAUGUUGUUAGUGAACCACACAUUGUAG